CUCCGUGAACUGGCAUUAGCGGGUUUACCAGUCUCAUAGAUGUACAGUCAGAGGGGGGGCAUCUGAGUGUGCGGAAGAGAGCUGUACAGUAAACAAUUCUGGUACGCUUGCAGGGAUACACAGCAGAAUUGCAUGCUAGUGCAGACGUCGUAUGCCGCAUGUGCACGCCUGUCAGUGGAGCCUGGUUGCACACAACCGUACAAGCUGGACCAGGAGGAAAACAAGCUCGAGCGCUUAUUUGGGCUCUCCUCGAGGGCGCGUGAUUGCAUGAUGAGAUUGCAUGAUGAGAGAGAAGAGAACUCCUGCUGUCAUGAACGAAUGUAAAACAUACCACAUAUUUUAGGCAGACAAUUGGUGGAUAAAAAAAAGCAACUCGCCCAGCAAUGGAGAACCAGACGGCGAUGGAACAGCAGAGCUAUGAAGACGUGCGGAAAAGCGGUUAUCUCCGCAAACAGAAAUCUAUGCACCGGCGUUUUUUCGUUCUCCGAGCUGCCUCGGAGCAGGGCCCAGCCAGACUCGAAUAUUAUGAAAACGAAAAGAAAUUCCGAAGCAAGUCACCAGUCCCAAAGAAAGCAGUGACCCUGGACUCUUGCUUCAACAUCAACAAACGGGCAGAUUCAAAGAACAAGCAUAUGAUAGUGCUGUAUACCCGCGGGGAGAGCUUUGCCAUAGCCGCGGACACUGAGGAGGUCCAAAACGAAUGGUACCAGGCCAUGCUGGAUCUACAAUGUAAAUGUAAGACUCCCGAUGAGUGUGGCAGUGGAGGAGACUGUGGACUGCCUUCCCCUGGCCCUGCCUUUAAGGAGGUCUGGCAAGUUAAAGUCUGGCCUAAAGGUUUGGGCCAAGCCAGGAAUCUAGUGGGAAUCUACCGACUUUGCUUGACAGACAAAACAGUCAACUUUGUCAAACUCAACUCUGAUGUUGCAGCUGUGGUCCUGCAGUUGAUGAAUGUGCGACGCUGUGGCCACUCAGAGAACUUCUUUUUCAUUGAAGUGGGUCGUUCUUCCAUGACGGGUCCUGGAGAAUUCUGGAUGCAAGUAGAGGAUUCAGUGGUGGCGCAGAACAUGCAUGAGACCCUUCUUGAGGCUAUGAAGGCUCUGAGCGAAGAGUUUCGUCAAAGAAGCAAAUCCCAGACUGUUGGUGUAAGCUGUGGAGGAGGAACUGCCUCUAACCCUAUCAGUGUACCUUCUAGACGACACCACCCAAAUCUGCCACCAUCACAGGUUGGCUUUUCCAGACGGGCUAGAACUGAAACCCCUGGAGUCUCCAACAGCAAUACGUCUCCUACUCCACGGCACGGAUUCUCUAGGUCACGAACAGCAAGCAUUGGGGCACGUACAGAUGAUGGAGGGGGGAGAGCAACAGCACUCAGCACAAGUCCGAGUCUCAAUGGUUCUUCCUGCUCAACUACCCCAACCCUGAGGCCUAAACCUACACGAGCACCCACUCCAGCAAAGAUCACCCUCAGCCUAGCACGAUACACCCCUAACCCUGCACCUUCCCCAGCCCCCAGUCUCUCAUCCAGUUCGGGUCAUGGGUCAGAAUGUGGGUUGGGUGGAGCUGUCUUUGGAACAAUGCCCAUCUGCACUUAUGCUCGAAUUCCUCAGAGAGUGUCCAUGUCAGGAUCACCCAGUGAUUAUGGUUCAUCAGAUGAGUAUGGCUCCAGCCCCGGAGAGCACUCCCUGCUAGCCGCAGGAGUACCUGCUACUCUUGUUGAAGGUGGAGCCAGUUAUAUCCUGAUGGGUCACCGAGAAGGGUCUCACAAACGAGUUCAUGGACGCAGGAUUCUACGUCGUUCAUCUAGUCGCGAGUGUGAGGCUGAGCGCAGGCUGCUCAGCAAGCGUGCUUCCCUACCCCCCAUCUCUACCCAAGAGCGUUUGGUCCCACGCCGCAGGGAGGAAGAAGAAGAGGAUGAAGAGGACUAUGCAGUGAUGUCACGCAGUGCAAGUAGAGAGUCUUUCACAUCUCGCCGAGGCUCAGGGGGUUCAGCUACAACAUCAUUAGUGCAGGAAAACUCAGCAGAUAAAGGUGUCAGUACUAAAGGGGGGCCUGAAGACUCCUCAAUUGAUAGUGGAUACAUGUCUAUGCUACCAGGUGUUACGGCUCCUCCUGCUUCAUUGUCACUGUCAGUUACUGGUUCAGAUGUAGUGCCAAAGGGUGGAGAUGAAUACAUGGCAAUGACCCCCAACAGUAGUGUCUCACCCCCUCAGCACAUCCGCCUACCCAUCAAUGAGGGCUACGUGAUGAUGUCUCCUAACAGCAGCUGUUCACCAGACUUACAUGGCUUAAGUGGAAGCAUUUGGGGCAGCAGGGGCAGCAUGGAGAGUCGGGCAGGCAGCGACUACAUGAACAUGUCACCUAUAUGUGCCAGGUCAGCUUGCAGUACUCCUCCAUCACACCCAGAGCAGCAACCACUGCAGCCAAAGAUGGUUUAUUCUUAUUUUUCGCUGCCUCGUUCAUACAAACACACUGCCCUCUCAACCCGUUUUGAGGAUAAUCUGGAGAGGGUUUGUAUGGGUAGAGGUGAAGCAGGAGGAAAAGUUGGGCAUAGUGGUUACCAUUGUGGAGGGGACACACCUGUGGGCUCAGGUGGUGGUGGACAACUCUCUCUGUCAUCAUCAUCUUUUUCCUCUAGUUCAGCUAGCAGUGAAAGCCUUGAGGACAGGUCAUUGUCUGUUGGUGGAGUGGGAAGAGCAACUAGGUUGGGUGCAGGACACAGGGUAGGGGGGGCUCACCCCAAAGUUUCAGCCCAACACCAUCACCAGCAGAGAUGUGGGCCAGGUGUUCAGAAACAGGGUCAUUUACAGUCAAGGAAGUCAUCUACUUUUUUUGUGGAUGUGUCCAAAGCCAAUACGCUGCCGAGAGUCAGAGAGACUUUGCUCUCAACUGCAUCCCAGAGCCCUGGAGAGUAUGUGAGCAUUGUAUAUAAGGGUGACCGAGGAGGACAUAAGAAGGGGAAGACUACAGCUGAGCCAGGGAACUCUAUGACACAAGGACAUCAAAGAGCCUUUCACCGGCCACAGACAUGUCAAGGUGGAUCUGCAAACCUUCCUCGGAGCUUCUCCGCACCCCUCUCCACCUCCAUCUCUUUAUCGUCUGAAUAUGUAAACAUGGACUUAGGUAACUCACCUUCUUCUCUCACUACCCUCUCUUCUUUUAAACCUGCCCCAAAGGUCAGAGAGGAGAUCAUCAGAGCUCCUCAAGUAGAACAAGAACCGGAAAUGGGACUCAGUAUGACAGGCUUGACAUCUACAGAUGUGGCUGCUGCUCCUUUUACAGACUAUACUGAGAUGAAAUUUGGAUUGGUUGCAGAUACAACAUCCAAGUCACCAAAAGCUGGCCAAACAGCUCUGCCAUCCUCCAUGGAGCAGGAGCAUAACAUGAAUUUCCCUUCACCCAAGGCUUUUUCAAACGUGGAUCAGGGUGCCCGUCUAGUCAGGGCGGAAUCAACAGCAAGAAGGCGGCAUCGCUCAGAGACAUUCAUCACUCCCCCAACUCACCCCCUCUCCCCCUCUGCUUCCCCUUGUCCUUUUUCUGAAACACUACCUGCUGGUCCAACACGACAGCAAGGAUUAGAGAGCAACCUUUGGUCUAAUAAUCAGCCACCCUCUCCACAGUGUGCCAGUUCUGGAGUAGCAAAUCUCCCUGCUGCUCAGGCAUCUUCCUUAACCCUGGAACAAGGCCUGAACUACAUUGAUUUGGACUUGGUCAGUAAGGAGAAUCAAACCAGUGUGGAUGGACACACUGGACCUCAUUCAUUUUUCUCUCCUGGAGUAGGAGGGUUAACUGGGGUAUUGGGUGGAGCAGGAGGAAAUCCUAGCUCCAGCAUCAACACAUAUGCCAGCAUUGAUUUCGUUAAAUCAGAUGAAUUGAGAGUUCAUCAGAGCAGCAGGAAGGACAGCAAAGAUUGUUAAAGUGCUCCUGCUUUCGGACCAGUCAGCACCUGUCCUUCCUGCGUGAGUGUGUUUGUCUGUGUGUGUGUGUGCACCUGAUGUGUCCUGAAAAAUGGUGCGAUUCUCCACAUCCCUCAGCAGUGGACAUGUAACUGCCCUUGCCUCAUAAAAACAUUUACUCUCAUUAGUUGCCAUUGGUUCCAUUGAAAAUUACAUUUGUGCCAAAAAACUAUCGUUCAUUUCCGUCAGACAUCACUGAGAUGGACAUGUCCUUCAGCCGCUUGUGAAGGGCCACUGCGACUCUGACUGCCAACCAGGAGCCAAUGGUAUUCCUUUUCUCCUCUACCACAUACUUUCAAUUAUUGUAAGAGAGAUGUUAAAUAGUAUAAUGAUAGAUCAAAAAUAUAUAGCAGACAUAAUAUUACUGAGAAUAUAUCUAUCUAUAUAUAAAUACAACUUUUUUUUUAGAAAAGUGCCUCAUUUUUGAUUGUAGCCAUUUUUACACAGGUCUCAAUGUGCUCUGUAAGAAAUGCUUUAGUUUUUUUGUUGUUGCUGUUAUUUUGUUUUGCUUUCCCAUUCCUUUGUGUUCGCUAUGCUGAACAAAGUCGAAAGACAGAAAGUCACAAGUAAUUGAAGUGAAGAAAAACUACUGGAUAGAUGGAAGAGCUUUAUUUGCCAUGGUUUAUAUAAACAGAUUGCCUUACUGUGCUGUAUUUGUGUAUGUGCUUGAAUGUGUGUUUGUGUGUGUGUGUGUGUGUGUGUGUGUGUGUGUGUGUGUGUGUGUGUGUGUGUGUGUGUUUGUGUGUAAUCAGUCGUCUAAGCCUCAGCCAUGUUGUGCCUCAGUACACUAAAAAAGAUCUGGACACACACACACAGCAAGAUCAAAACUGAUUGCAUAUACUAUACUGCUGUGUGAUUAAAACUUUAUUGACUCAACACAAAUAAACACUAAAACACCUUCAUAUUAUCCACUCUUUCUUCUAAUUAUCUGAGCAUAGUAGCAUCAGAUGGCUAUGAGCACAAAAUCAGAUGACUGAUAGGUGUCUGAUCAAUAUAAUGGAAACUGUGUGUGUGUGUGUGUGUGUGUGUGUGUGUGUGUCCAUAGCCUAUUGUCUUUAGUCACAUAACCAGGGUUGUGUUUUAAUGUAGUGCUUCCCAUCCCCAGGUUAUUUUGGUCACACACACUCACAUUCAGAUUUAAAACUGUGCCUCCCUCAAAUGCAGCUCUGUUAUCACAGACUCAGCUGCUAUAUGAAUUUAACACAUACACUUAGCCAAAUGCCGAUAUCCAAAUUUCUCCAUCAGACUUGUUGAUGAUACUCUGACUGGUUUUUAAAGUCAACUUACUUUUACACACACACAUGCUUAACUUGCCCUAUAAUAGAGAAUGUGACCCAGUUUCCUCUGCUUUCGCUUAUUUUGUUCAGUAUUGCAAUUUACAAAUGAGAUUUACAAGGGAUCUUUUUGCCAUCUGGGCUAUGGGCUUUUUUGAAACGUAGCAUGUUGUUAUUUUUUAUUGAUUCAUAAUUUUUUUCUUUUCUUUUUUUCUAAACACCUGUUUUGACUUUUACGAUUAAUUUUGUUGGCUUCUGCAAUUUUCUAAUUAAUCUAGAUUUUGUUUUGUGUAGUUUAUGUAACUUGCAAAAACAAAAUGAUCCUGUUUUAGUGCCAAAUUCAUAAAGUAAAACAUGCUUUUUAAUACCAGAUUUUUAGUAACCAAUAUUUUCCUCGUUUGCCUGCACAAUCUGCGUAUUUUCUAUCACCUAUUUUGCCAAUGUAGUCUCAAUAUCUCACAUAGUACAACAGCUGCCUUCAGUUACCAGGAAUCAACAUGAAGCCUUAUAGUGCUUAUAUGAAUGCCUUUUCUAUCAUGUAAAAAUAAGAGUUUCCUUAGGUUAUGCAUAUUAUAUGGUUCAUUUAUAUGUAAAAAUGUGACAUUCAAUGCAGUGUUUCUAAGUGUUUAAUAGAGGUUACAUUUGCUUAAAGUAUUUAUACUCAUAAUUCUCAUCACUUAUACAGUGGUUGUUAGUGAUUACAGAUAACAUGCAUACCUCCCACCAAAACGUUCACAUGCUUCAUAAUCUUUACUAGGGAUUAAAUCUAACAGAACAACAACAGGUGGUGAAUAUAAUGUGGAGUGGGCUUAAUAAAGUCCCCUUCCGAGUUUUAACCUCUGUGUUUACUUCUCAUUCUGAGCCAGACAUAUGCCUUUUUAAUCCACCUCAUAGGUAGACCAUUACAGAAACAAAGACAGUCUUUGUCCAGUCCAACUGCAAUGUGUGUUUGGCUAUUCUCUUUUAUUUUCUAUAUUUUGAUUGCCUUAUUGUCUAUAUUAGCUAUUAUUUAACACACGGCAGCUGUAAAAGAUGCUUUUUAUUCUAGAACAGUGGAAAUUAUGUUUGAAGAUUCUAGCAGUGGGAUUUUUCUUUUUCCAGAAUGACAAUUCUAUUGAGUCUGAUUUUGUGUAUAAAAUUGUAUGUCCCCAGACUUUCUUUCCAGAAAACAUUAACAUGGUAUUAACUGGUGUAGAAAUACAACCAAGGUCAUAUAUACUGUAGGUAUGGACUAUUUAUGUAUAGUCCAGAAAAAAAAAAGAUACUAAAAAAGAAAAAUAAUCCUUUAUUGUAUUUAAGUACCUGCAAUUGUUGGGGAAAAGGGUCUGACAUGCACAAUCAGGGGUCUGUGUAAAGUUGCAAAGUUGAUCUGUUCUUCUGUAUAUCUAAUUCUAUGAAACAUUAAAUUACAGUUGUGUAUAAAGGGGUUUCAUUAAGAGAGUGAAUAGGCUGUGGGCUACUGUACAGUUCUGUGAAUAAAAGGGAAAUACUGGGCUUGGGUGGGCAAUGGGAGACUGUAUGGUAUGGAUAUAGUAGAAAUGUUUGUUGAAUUCAGAAAUUCCUCAAUGAUUAUUGCCUGUGAUUAAGACAAUGUCACUCCAAUUUAAGAAAAAAAAAGAUGAAAAAAGAAUGAGAGAACC